UAUGAUUCAAUGGACCAAGUAAAUGGCUCUGUUGUAACUGAUUUUGUGUUACUGGGACUUGCACACUCUUUGGGAAUGCGGGUUUUUCUUUUUUUUCUCUUCUCUUUAUUCUAUGUGGGAAUUAUCCUGGGAAACCUCUUCAUUGUGUUCACAGUUAUUUUUGACUCUCACUUACACUCUCCCAUGUAUAUUCUGCUGGCCAACCUAUCACUCAUUGACCUGGGUCUUUCAUCUACCACAGUUCCUCGGACAAUAUCUGAUAUAUUCAGUGAUUGUAAAAUCAUUUCCUUCCACAGCUGCAUGAUACAAAUGUUCUUUAUUCAUGUCAUGGGAGGAACGGAGAUGGUGCUGCUCAUAGCCAUGGCAUAUGACAGGUACACUGCAAUCUGCAAACCUCUCCACUACCUAACUAUUAUGAGUCCCAAAAUGUGCAUGCAGUUGAUAGUGGUUGCUUGGGUUAUUGGAGUGAUUCAUGCUGUUUCUCAGUUUGUUUUUGUCAUAAAUUUACCUUUCUGUGGCCCUAAUAAUGUAGGGAGCUUUUAUUGUGAUUUUCCUCGGGUCAUUAAACUUGCAUGCAUGAACACUUAUAGACUAGAAUUUGUGGUCAUUGCCAACAGUGGCUUCAUAUCAAUGGGAACCUUCUUUUUCUUAAUUAUAUCAUACAUCUUUAUUCUGGUCACUGUCAGAAAACAUUCUUCAAAGGAUUUGUCUAAAGCAUUCUUCACUUUGUCAGCUCAUAUCACUGUAGUGGUUUUGUUUUUUGUUCCAUGCAUGUUUCUGUAUGUGUGGCCUUUCCCUACCAAGUCAUUGGAUACAUUUUUGGCCAUUGUGGACUUUGUCCUCACUCCUGUCUUAAAUCCUGCCAUCUAUACUUUAAGGAAUAGAGAGAUGAAAGUGGCAAUGAGAAGACUGACUACUCAAGUUGUAAGUUCAGGGAAAUGA